CCCAAUCUCAAAAUCCCUAAUCUCUUCUUACAUCUCUCUCUCUCUCUCUCUCUCUCUCCGUCUCAAUUUGUUUCAGAUGCUGAUUCGGAUGAUUCACGGUCUAGGAGGAAGAUAAAGAGCACGAGUUCUAGGCAUAGAAGUAGGAAAUCGGAAUCAAAUAUCAACAUACAUACAUAUAAACUUGUUUGAAUCGUCAAUCAAAUAUCAACCAAUCGAUAUCGAUGGCUUCAUCUUCGGAUUCCAUGGACAACACUUUCAGAGCUCGAGUCCAGAAGAUCUUCGGGUCUCUCUCAUCAUCAUCAUCAUCGCUAAGCCCUCCGUGGUCUCUCACCGACGGCGAGGUCGAGAAGAGAGAGUGGCGACAACCCUCCUCCGCCAAAGACGACGACCAAACCCCCAUUUCUUUCUCUUUCAAUGGCCUUGCUUGUAGGGUUGUAGGGUUCCGCCAUGAAAGGAGGUAGAUCGAAAACUGAGACCAAAAGGACCGAUAGCAAGCUUUCGGUGAAGAGAGGUGCUCCGAGCGAGAAGGCUGGUAAAAAGCCAGCGGUGAAGAAGGGGAAGGCUGCCAAGGACCCUAACAAGCCGAAGAGGCCUGCUAGUGCUUUCUUUGUUUUCAUGGAGGAGUUUAGGAAAACGUACAAAGAGAAGCAUCCUAAUAACAAAUCCGUAGCCGACGUUGGUAAGGCUGGAGGAGAUAAAUGGAAAUCUUUGUCAGAUGCUGAGAAAGCUCCCUACGUUGCGAAGGUAGAGAAAAGGAAGACCGAAUACAAUAAAACUCUUGAAGCUUAUAACAAGAAAAUGGCUGAGGGUCCAGCUGAUGAAGAAGAGUCUGACAAAUUGAGAUCGGAGGUGAACGAUGAGGAUGACGAAGACGAUGAGAAUUGGGAGGUCUACGCUCUGUCUUGGCUGGUCAUUGUUGCUGCAAUGAUCAUCUUGAAGAUUGUGUCCAUGGGUAGGAAGAAGUUCAGUGCAGAUUUCCAGUUGAUGUUCAGACUUCUCAAGCUGUUCCUGUUUAUUGGAUCUGUGGUCACUGUUGUCACUUUGUUCGCAUUCCUCAGUCUUACUGUUUAUUUUAUUGCUUUUUUUUUUUUUAGCUAACCAAAAUGAGAUUUUAAUCCUUGCGUUUAAUAGAAAUAGUAACUGAUGCAAUUGUUGUUUGGACCUUAAGACGUGAAUUAUUUACUAUCAGUAUGUUCUUACACUUCUAUUGUCAUGUACAAAACUCUAUAUUUCACAGAAAUAUAUGUGCUUAUUUUCAAUUUCUGGGUUAAAGAUUUACAACUUCAUUUUAUCUAUAUGCAAAAUUUAAUUGCCAAGAUCUUCUCGCUUCUGUCUUCAUUGCUUGCGUGUUUGUUCAUUUCUCUGUGUGGGUUUUUCUUCGGACCUACUCCUGAUAUCUGGUUGUUAUAUUUGAAAUUUCUUUUGAAUGAGCAGUCCUUGUGCCCCUCAUGAUUGAGUGAACAUACGUAGACAUGCCCAGUCCUUUGAGGAAAUUUUCCGUGUGAUUGUUCUUUCCGAGUUUGGCAAGAUUUUUUGUUGUUUAUCAUUCAGGUGAAGCAAUCUCUGGAGGAAAAUUGGUGAUUGAUGUUGCAUAUUUUGGAUUCCACAUCUAUAGUGAGAUUGAUGAACUCUGCGGGAAGACAUCUUGCCCCAUUUCUGCUGGUGAUUUUUUAAUUUCUCACUCUCAGGAUUUACCUGGGUUCAUUCCACCGGGUACAUACAUUCUUACAAUGAAGAUGGAAGAUGGAAACAAAAAUCAGUUGACUUGCAUCAACUUUGAUUUCAGCAUUGGGUUUUUUGUGUCUGACGCUGUAGAGCUUUGAAGAUUGGUUUCAUCAGCCACCGCUUGUAGCAUAUAAUCAAUGUAUAUGAUGAAAUUCUUUUAUCUACUGACCUUACAUCUAUUUCUGCCUUUCCAGUGUCAUGUGAUGUUGAUUAUGACUAUCAAUCAUAUCUGUACAUUUGAUCCAUGUGCCUAAAAUUAUUUCCACAUUUGUGAUAAUUGUUUAAGU